GCCAAUGCGACUACUGGAGGAUACAUUAUUGCAAGCUGCUGUGGCCCUGGGAGGCGAGUGGGGCGCGCUGUCUGGACUGCGGAAAGGCUGAGCAGGGGUGAGUCUGAGUCAGAGAUGCUGCCUGGAAUCUCUUCCAGCCUGCCUGUCCCUUCCAGCGGCCCUGAAGUGAGAGGAGCCACAGAAAGAGCAUGAUUUACUGAAGGACUCAUGGAUCUCCAAGGCCCAUCACUCGGCUUCUGUUUCCAUCUCUGCUGCUGACUCUCAGAGUAUUUUGGGGCUUCGAGCCCACCAUGGAGCCAGGGCGCAUGGAGAACCUCUCCAUUCUCUACCAGAGCUCAGACUUCAUCGUGGUCAACAAGCAUUGGGACCUCCGCAUCGACAGCAAGAUGUGGUACGAGACCCUGACCCUGCAGAGUCAGCUGAAGCACCGGUUCCCAGAGCUGGCUGACCCUGACACCUACUAUGGCUUCAGGUUCUGUCACCAGCUGGAUUUCUCCACCAGUGGAGCACUCUGUGUGGCUUUGAACAAGGCAGCGGCGGGCAGGGCCUACAAGUGCUUCAAGGAGCGGCAGGUCACCAAAGCUUACCUUGCCCUGGUUCGAGGCCACGUACAAGAGAGCAGGAUGACCAUCAACCAUGCCAUAGGGAAGAAUGUGACAGAAGGCCUGACCCACAUGAUGUGUAUUGAAGGGACAGAAGGCUGUGAGAAUGCCAAACCGUGCCUGACGGAACUGACAGUUCUGGAGCGUGGGCUGUAUGAUGGUGAUCCCGUCUCCAAAGUCCUCCUCCAACCCCUCACAGGCCGGACCCAUCAGCUGCGCGUCCACUGCAGCAGCAGUGGACACCCCAUUGUGGGCGACUUCACCUAUAGUUUCAAGAAGGACAGCCGCCCCUUCCGCAUGAUGCUGCACGCCUUCUAUCUCCGCAUCCCCACGUGCGGGGAGCUCAUCGAGGUGAGCACGCCCGACCCCUUCGUGCCCACGCUGGAUGCUAACUGGCAGCCCCAGCAAUCGGUCCACCCCCUGGAGCAAGUCAUCCAGGCCCUGAAGGCCGCAGCGGAUCCAGCCACUGGGGAGACUUCACCUCUGCCCAAGGUGGGCCAAGACGUGGUUGCUUGGGAGGCUGGGGCCAGGGAAUCGGAGGAGCAGCGGGCCAGGUGCCAGCAGUGGCUGGCUGAGUGGGCAGUGGAGCUGGAGAACUGAACUGUGCACCGGUACCCGUGCCCAUGCUUGGAAGGGCGUCAGUGACGUGUCGUUAGGAAACCCUACCCAUUCCCAGAUACGGAUCAUCGCUUUCUUCCCCAGACCUUGAGUAUGAUGGAAUCGGGGCUUACUGGGAGGCCACGCUUAGCCAGAGCGGGGCUUCUUUCCCCUCCCUUCCUCCCGCCACCAGCUUCCCUACCUCCUGUACCCAGUAUCUCCAGGCCAUUAUCCCCAGGGGGGUGGGAUGGGCUGGGACUUGGGCAGUUAGUUUCAAGCCGGUGCCAUAAGGAAGCCAGCUAACCCCUGAUUCCCCACCUCUGGGCACCUGCAGUACAGGGACAGAUGGGGAUUCCCUGUCCUGAAUGGUAGAGUGAGCAGAGAUCAGAUGUUUCCUUGUCACUGUCGACAGGCAGCUAGUGGUGCAGUGGACAGAGCACUGGGUCUGGAGUCAGGAAGACCUCAGUUCAAAUCCAGUCUCAGAU